ACUACGUUUUUUGUUUUUGUUGUGUAGUGUGUACUUGUGUACUAUGUAGGCAGUAGGCGUUUGCCCGUAGGCAAAGAAUAAUAAUCAUUAUAAAUUAUUGUAGCAACUGGAAUUAUUUAGUUUUCUUAGUAGUUAUCCUAUAUUUCGUUAUUUGUUGUCGCAGCCCAGACUCCAGAUGCCUUUGAUCCAAUAACACAAUGCCUCUAGGACAUGCUGUUGUCGUUUGGGAAUGGGAAAACCGGAACGGCCGAUGGAAACCUCAUAGUCCCGAAGUGGCACAAUUACUCGAAAGGGCUCAUUUCAAGAAGUUGACUAGGGUGAUACUGAGAGAUGCCGAUCCGAACAUGGAGUCCUCAUUUGUCAAUUUACGAACGAUGUAUCAAUGCUCUGAAGAAAACGAAGGUGCACUUUUGGCCGUACGCAGAUCUUACUAUCCGGCUAAUUCAUUACCUGGUAAAGGAGCUAGGUGGGAAUGGGCUGGUGAUGUACCCGGAGAGUGGCAUACAUAUGACAUGGAAUCCCAAUGUUUCCUAGAAACAGCUUGGGCAAUGGGCUGCCAAAUUAUAGAUGUAAGCCGGACAUAUUUAGGUUUUCCGUAUACAAUUAAUUUUUGUAAUUUAACCCAAGUGCGAAAUGACAGUGGAUAUAAACGUAAUAUUAGACGUGUGAACCAAGCACCAUACCCACUAGUUAAAAUACAAUCAGAUGAAGUUAUUCAAUUUAAUGAUAGAGCAGUUGUAGACACCAUUAGAAAUUUAUCAUCAAAAAAUGAAACUAUUAGAAAAUCCAGUUCAGAAUACAUAGAUACUAUAGCUAAAAAACAACUCCAUUAUAAAAAGAACAAACAAGUAGUUCAUGAUAGCCAUCACAGUGGAACUAAUAUAGCUCGUACCUUAUUAAGUAUUUUUGCUAAUAAAAAUCCAUCGUCACUAUCUAAAGAAGCUCAAUGGCCAAUAGGAACCACAGCAACUAAAAGCUGUAGUGAAUCAAUUAAAUCCGAUUCAUCUAUAAUUGAUUUAGACUCAAGUAGUAUACGCAGUGGUAGACGUCCUAGUGUAGAUACUAUUUCAACUUAUCUAAGUCAUGACAGUCAUGAACUUCGCACAUCUCGAUAUGAUCUUUUGGAUUAUUCUGGUGGCAGUAUUGGAAGUGAUGAUGCUUUUGAAUGUCAACAAAAAUCAGAUAAUUGCAGAAGUCAAUCAGUUAUUGGAGUGAAUUCAGUGAGCGAAAAAUUGUCUUGCUAUGUUCAAAUAGUGGAUGAUUUUUGGCCAGGACUUGAUAUGUUAUGUCCAUUUUGUCAAAAUCCACUUGUGUCAUCAAAUAAAUCAAAUAAAAGCUUAGUUGUAGCUUUGAGCAUUUGUCAACAUAGAAUGCAUCUCACUUGUCUUAACUCAAUUUUAAACAAUCAACCUUAUUCUAAUCAGUGGAUGUAUAUUCAAUGUCCGAUCUGUAUGAAAGUUUAUGGAGAAAAAAGAGGUAACCAACCACCAGGUGCUAUGAAGUGGACAUAUUUAAAUAGGUCAUUACCUGGAUAUGGUAGUACAAGAACUAUUCAGAUCACAUAUGAAAUAUCAUCUGGGAUUCAAGGUGAAGAACAUCCACAUCCAGGCCGUCCAUACUAUGCUUUAGGUUUCCCAAGAAUUUGUUAUUUGCCAGACACAGAAAAAGGAAGGCGUGUUUUAUCAUUGUUGAGUAAAGCUUUUGAAAGACGACUGGUAUUUACAGUUAGACUUUCAAUUACAACUGGCAAUGAAGAUGUUGUUGCAUGGAAUGGUAUCAUACACAAGACAGAUUUUGACACCAGAAUGCAUCAUGGUUUUUUAGAUGAAUGUAUUGAACAAUUAUCGGCACAUGGUGUUGUUUAAGUUAUUUUCUGGAUGUAAAUUAGG